AUGGCACGUGUUCGAUGUUGUACAGAUUUAGAUAAAACUGUUUUAACACAAAAUUUUGAUAAACGCUCUUGGAUUACUAUAAGUCCUGAUGAAGAUUGGAAUUUUUAUUGGGCAUCAGUUACUACUGUUCGUUCAAUAUUCAAUCCUGCAAAUGAUCAUCCUCGUUUAACUGAUAAUCAAGUUAUUAAUCAUUUUCCAAAUCAUUAUGAAUUAACAAGAAAAGAUUUAAUGGUUAAAAAUAUUAAACGAUAUCGUCGAGAACUUGAAAAAGAUGGAAAUUUGAUUGCUGAAAAAGAUGAUUUUGGAACACAUAAAUAUCUUGAUUUCAUUCCAGUGACUUAUAUGAUGCCAGCUGAUUAUAAUUUAUUUGCUGAUGAUUUUCGACGAGAUCCUAAUCAUACAUGGAUUAUGAAACCGGCUGCUCGAGCACAAGGUAAAGGUAUUUUUUUAAUAAAUAAAAUGUCACAAAUAAAAAAAUGGUCACGUGAUGGAAAAUCGAUACCAGCAACUGCACCAACUCGAGAAACUUAUGUUAUAUCAAAAUAUAUAGAUAAUCCACUUUUAAUUGGUGGAAAAAAAUUUGAUUUACGUUUAUAUGUUCUUGUUACAUCAUUUAAACCAUUGAAAUGUUAUUUAUUUCGACUUGGUUUUGGUCGAUUUUGUACAGUUAAAUAUAUUUCAUCAUCAAAUGAUAUUGAUAAUAUGUUUGUUCAUUUGACCAAUGUUUCUUAUCAAAAACAAAGUGAAGAUUAUAAUUCCAUACAUGGAGGUAAAUGGUCGAUUGAUAAUUUAAGAUUAUAUCUUGAAGGAACACGUGGAAAAAAACUUACUGAUCGUUUAUUUGAUGAAAUGUGUUGGAUUAUUGUUCAUUCAUUACGUGCAGCAUCUGCUGUUAUUACCAGCGAUAGACAUUGUUUUGAAUGUUAUGGAUACGAUAUUAUUAUCGAUGAUAAUCUCAAACCUUGGCUUAUUGAAGUUAAUGCAUCACCUUCACUUACGUCGACAACAGCCAAUGAUCGUAUUAUGAAAUUUAAACUUAUAAACGAUGUUCUCAAUAUAGUUGUACCCAAUGGUGAUAUUCCUGAUAUACGAAAUAAAUUUACAAAUACAACACCUGAAGUUCUCGGUAAUUUCGAUGUACUCUAUGAUGAAGAUCAAGCAUGUUGUGAGUUAAAUGAUAAAGAUUAUCGUGAACAAAAAGCUCGUGGUGGUAUUGUACCAUUAGUAUCAAAAACUGGUAUCGCACUUGGAAAAGCAAAACAGGCAUCUGCAUGGAGAUAA